UCUUCUCACCUCCACCCUGUUUUCCAGCAGCCCUGCAGAUUGAGUCCUCUUCAUCUCGCCGGAGCGCCGGACGCGUCCCUCCGUCUCCUCCCUCUCCUCGCUGCUCUCCAGCAGAGGACGCAGACAGAGCCCAGCCGGUAGCGGUCCCCAUUCCCCCCCCUCCUGGAAGACAGACAGCAGGUGCGUCCUGCCGGUCCCCCGUCUCACUCCCCCAGCCUCGGGAAAUAAAUGGAUCCAUGAAGACUGCUGCAGCUGCCGGAGAUGCUGCGGGAUUCCGAUGAGGACCUCUCUUCCAAGAUGGCUCUGAUCUGAGACCUUCUGAUUCCUUCGAUGGUCAGACGAACAUGUCUUUAUGCUCUUCUGCGUCUAAGCUUUUGUUAAUGGGAAGGCAGACUUUUAACUGAUGCUGUGGAAAAGUGGUGAUAAUGACCUCCUGAGGGUGCCGUAGACUCUUAGCUGUGUCCGUAAUGUGCGAUCAAGUGGAGCCGGUUGGCAACGGGGAGUUAAAGAACAACAACCAGCAGGGUGCUGGCGAUGCAAAUGCCAACAGGGUUGAGACUGAGGACGGUGGGAGGACCGCAUAUACUGGCUCUCUGAUGGGGAUUAUGACUGAGACAGCAGAGCAAGACAAAGUCAUCAUCUGGGGCACGGAUUCCCAGUGUGAUGACCCCGACCUGGCUGAGUUUGAGAGGUUGGAGUGUCAGGAGCUGGAAGCGUUUCUGGUUGAAGAGGAGGAAGACUUUGUGGGGCUCGUAGAGAAGAACGAGCAUCAAGAGGAGCCCUCGUCGUCCGUUAAGGCCACAGCAAAAAUGGUGGCAGACGAUGCGAAUCGGAAAGGAACGGAGUCCGCUCUGGAUGCCGCCUGCGAGCCGGAAUCUUCCGCGUCCCAUGUCUCUGAUACUGAUGUGUUUGCGAGCUGUCUGUCCACCACUGCCACUCUGACAACUGAGUCCUGGCACAUCGCCCCUGUUUCCCAUUCCGCCGUCUCAGAGGAUCUGACUGCUGCCUCCCCAACCUGCAGCACUGUCUCCGAGCGAGACAAAGCCCCCCCAAAAGCUGACCUCUCCUUCUUGGCCAGGAAAAACACAACAACACAGCAGCAAGAUUUAGACAUGAAUUUGAAUUCAGCGGUUCACCCAGAGAUUACUUUAGCACAAGGGCAAGUGCGGGAAGGUGUCUCAGGCGAGGACGCGAGCAACGAGGAGAAAAAGGAUAAUCACCAGAGGAACGAGGCAGGAAAACGCUUUUCAAAGGGAGAAUGUGAGAAUGCCGACGCCAAGCCUUUAUUCUGUGCAGAAAGCAACACUACAAUGGAUAAAAGCACACAAGCCAGUGGGGUCCUCGAGUGGAUAAAUCCAGUCAAAAGUGCUGCAAAGGGGACUCAGCCAUCAAGUGAACACAAGGCCAUGAGAAAACAAGGCUCGUUUGAUAACAGUCCGAAGAAGCAAAACUCCUUUGACAGGAGUUUCAAAAAGCAGCCUUCCUUUGAGAAUUCUUUGAAGAAGCAGCUUUCUUUUGAUAACAGCCUGAAAAAGCAGGGCUCCUUCGAGAACAGCACCGGCUCGUCACCUCAGGAGCGGAGGAAAACAUGGGGAAGCCCCGGUCGAUCGGCACCCCCGGCAUCUCCCAGAACUACCCCCUGCUCGCCCAAGAGACAACCUCCCGCUUCUCCGGCUAAGGUCCAAAACACGAGGCCUUUGAGUUUGGAAAGAAGUGCUCCUUUUCAAAAAAAUGCAAGUCAAAUGAACAGACCCCCCUGUAAGACAAACAAUAGCAGUGGAAUACCUAAACCUAUCGCCCCUCAACAGAAAGAAGCUGAGCCCAGGAUUUCCUCUCUACCACAGAAGCCCAAAAACGUGAGACCGAAAAUCAUUACAUGUGUCCGAAAGAACGCGGCAGCGAAAUCGCAAGACACCGACCCCCAGUGUGACGGCUCCACGAAGCCGCCACAACCGCCGUCUUCGUCCGACGCGCUCGCUCAGAGGGUUCCUCAGUCCAGAUCCACUCCGGCGCUCAGCUCCUCCAACGUGCUGUUCGACAAAUUUCGGCUGGAGUUGCAGAAGGCGGGGCACUAUCCUCCAGGCGCGGCUCCGAUGGGGUUGAAGCCUCCGAGCAACGUCGCCCCGCACAGGGUGAGCGGGAAGUCGGAGAGCUUUCACGAGGGGAUGUCGAAGAAAUACCCCCAAGAGCAUCUUUACCAAGAUGGCGGAAGCAUCUACCGUUCACCCAGAAGCCUUAGGCCUCAGCUCGGUUUGGGGGCAGUUACCAGGCAGCCUGCAGCCAAGACAAGAGUCCAGCAGACGGGUCAGAGGUCAGCUCCACCUUCAGGCCACGCAGCCAGAGGGUCCGCCCCAGGCGUCCAGGAUCAGACAGGUCUUAGAGGAUCAGGACCAGAAACCACGCCCAAAAGCCUCCUGCUGAAGUCGGGCCAGUCCGGUCUCCGUCCUCCAGGCUUCUCCAGCAUUCCGGCUGCUCGGCUGGCUGCUCUGGGCGUCAUCCGCAGCUCCAGCGUCUCGUCUGUGUCCAGCAGCCAGUCCAAUGACAGUGGUCACAGCGAUCCCUGUCAACCCUCUCUGUCGAGGACAGAGCUGCAAAAGGACCGCGACGAUGUGCUCUCACCAAGAUCUUCCCCUAAAAGAUGCGCUGUUGUUCCCCCAAAGCCACAGUCACCAGCUCGUGGUCGAACUGCAGCCGUUCACGGUGCUCCUCGUACGGGACGGCCUCAGGAGCUGGACCGGGCCCUGAUCCAGCAGCUGCAGGAGCGAUGUGAGCAGCAGGCCCUGCAGCUGCAGACUCUUCAGGUCCAGCUGAAGAAAGCCUCUCUGUGUUUGGAUGUUUUUAGUAUCACCACACUGCACUUUUCUGACAAGAAUGAGCGCGCCAUAGUGAAAGAGAGGGAACUGUCCCUGGAGCUCGCCAGAAUCAGGGAUGAAGUGGCUGUCAGCGUCGCGCACUGGGAGCAGCUGCAGCAGGAGAAGGAGGACCAGGAGCGUCGUUUUGAGGCUGAGCUGCAGGGACUGCGGGCUCAGCAGCAGAGAGAGCUGGGAGCGCUGGAGGAGAGGCUGAAGGCUCGGCACGUAGAAGAGACCCGGGGCCUGCAGGCCCAUCAACAAGCUGAGCUGGAGGAGCUGCGCUCCACACACCAAGAGCAGCUUGAAGAGAUGACUGAGAACCAUGAGGCAUCCUUGAUGGAGAUGGAGACGGCCCACAAUGACACACUGGACACUCUGCAGGAGGAGCAUGCCAGAACAGUAAAGAAUCUGAAGAUGGCUCAUGAACAGCAGAAGAAGUCCCUAGAGGAAGAGUUUGAGAAGAUCAGAUUGUCACUCCAGGACCAGGUGGACACGCUGACGUUUCAGAACCGCAGCCUCAGAGACCGCGCGAAGCGCUUCGAAGAAGCUCUCCGUAAGAGCACAGAUGAGCAGAUAGUUGACGCUUUGGCUCCAUAUAAACACAUCGAGGAGGAUCUGAAGAGCCUGAAAGAAGUUCUGGAGAUGAAAAAUCAACAAAUUCAUCAACAGGAGCUGAAGAUUUCCGAACUGGAGAAAAUACAGGCUGAAAAGAAUGUGUACCUGGAGGAGAAACUACAAGUUUUGCAGCAGCAGAAUGAAGACCUGAGAGAGCAGAUAGACAAGAAUGUAGCUGUGUCCAGGCAACUCUCUGAGGAGAACGCCAACCUGCAGGUGCACGUGGAGAUGGAGAGCAAAGAGAAGAAGCGUCUGAGUCGCACCAACGAGGAACUGCUGUGGCGUCUGCAGACAGGCGAGCUGAGUCCACACAUGACCCCCAGCUCCUCCCCCAUCCACCGGCCCGCCUCUGGACCAGGCUCCCCUGCGCGUCCGCACUCCUACCACCAGUGACUGUUUGUACCAAACAUGUCAUUUUUAGCAGUGUUUUAUUUAACUCUGAAAAAAAUGUUCCUCUGUUUUAAAGGAAUAUUAUACAAUCAGUGAACAAAGAGACAGUAUAAUGUUUUGUUUGUUUGGGAAAAUCUUCUUCCCCAUGUGAUGCAUUUCCAAGCCACAGAUUGUCUUUUUUUUUCUUCUUCUUCUUGACCUCAUGAAUUGUAAGGAUAAUUCCAGAAAGAGCAAAACCUUAGCAUCUUUUUUUUUUUCCAGCGGGUGAAAGUUCAGAGAGCAUCGCAGUGCCUCAUUUACAUGUUUUUCGCGUCCAUCUACAUUUUCACCUUCCCUUCCAGCUCUCAGGGUGAUGGAUAAAUGAGAUAAAGGGAGCUCUCAUAGCUCUACAACAAAAUCAAGAAGCGCCUUCUGUCAUCCAUUCCCACUCACCAGCACGCUCCACCUGGGGCUCGGCAGUAUUAAGAGCAAGACCUACCUACAGUUGUCAUACAGCGGAUUGAAAUUUUUCUGCUGAAGCAUUUCAUGCACCAUGAGUCUAUGAAUCGUUAAAAGCCAUCAAACCUCAAAGCAAUUCAUAACACCAAACUGCCAACGUAUGUAAGUAUAAUAUCAGUUAUUGCAGACUCUGUAGAUGUAGGGCUAUCUUUACAGCAUGGGUUGUCUUCCAACUACAACGUUUUUGUUUAGAUUAUUCAAUGCGCGUAGGAUAAAAUGUGGAACGGGAAAAGAAGCGACGCCAGGUUUUUUUGAGCGACACAAAAUCUCACCUUCGGUUGAAUUAAAAGUAAGUCAGCUCAUAAAUAAAACCCACCAAAGAUUAAAUCAUUAAACAAUUACAUACUGCAUCACACAUAUGUAUGGAAUACAAUGCAGCACACUCAUGCUUUCCACAAAGCAAAAUCUUUAUUUAUUUCAAUGCUUUGCAGAAGGUGCUCAUACCCCUUGAACUGUUUAUUUUUCACUUUACGUUACAAACAGCAAAACGUCAAUAGUUUUAUUCUGGAAUUUUAUGGGAAAGAAGAAAUCUUCUUAUUUAGAAAGUGGCAUUUUAACAAUUUGUCUUUCCAAAAUAAGCUCACGGAUUAGAUGGAGAGCAGUUCUAAACACCAGUUUUCAAGUCUUGCCACAGUUUCUCAAUUAGGAUUGUAAAUUUUUUGGGACAUUCCAACACAUGACUAGGCACUGAUCUAAACCAAGGGUGUCCAAAGUGCGGCCCGAGGGCCAUUUGUGGCUCGCUGAAUGAUUUUGAGCGGCCCUCAAUCCCAGUUGUAGAAGGGCCUGAAUUUGCUUUUGCCAACUCAGAUGGUUGAGGCAAUACACUUUUAAAAAGUUUGGCAUUUUUCACUGCUUUUUAAAAAAAAGACCAAAAAUAAAUUUUAUUAAAAAGAGAAAUGUAAGGUGCAUUUUUUUAAAUAUUUUGUCAGCCAUAUAUUUGCUUUUAAUUUAAGUUAAUAGCAUUUAAGACCACAAACCUUUUUACCAAAAGGCAGACUUGGGUGCCACCUAUACUCGGUAAAAUAAAGCAAAUUAAUGCUGUUCUUGAUGCUGAAAAGACAAAAAAAAAACCCAGAAAAAGACUAUCAAUUCAACUUCUUAUGUUUCACACUACCCUGCAUGUUUUAGAGGGUCUCUGCUCCACCACACCGUAAUUAAACAAUUGCAUGACCUCCACAGCAGCUGUCGAGGGCUUCAUAGGUCUGUUAAUCACCCAGGUCAGGUGUGUGGAGGCAGGGAAACACCUAAAACCUGGAGGACAGUGGGUCCUGAGAACCGGGAUUGAAGACUGCUGAUCUACACCGUUCCACUGGCUGUGCGGUUGCUACUGUCCUGCUAGAACGUGAAACUUUAUGGCCUUCAACAGAUGUUCCUCCAGUAAUGCCCUUUAUUUAGCUCCAUCCGUUUCCUCGUCAAAUCUGAUGACCUUCACCAUCCAUUGCAAAAGAAAAGCAUCCCCACAGCCUGAUGCUGCCACUGCCAUGCUUCUCUGGUGGGAAUGGUGUGUUCAGGGUCAUGUGAAGUGUUAUGAAGUUUAUCCUCAAAUAGCUUUUUGUAUGCAGGUCAAAGUUUAAAGUCGUUUGGUCCCCUUUAUUCUAAUACCCAUAAAUAAAAUCCUGUAUCACCAGUUGCCUGCAUUUAUCUGGGAUUAAAUCACAAACAGGUACAUUGUAUUUUCUAAUUGGGUGACUUUACAAAGCUGUUGGUUGCACUUGAUUCUAUUAGGAAGAUUAGCAUAUUGGAGCUGAAUACAAAAGCAAAAUUUUUAUAUCAAGUAUUUUGAAAACUAUUGCAUUCCCUUAAUUUCACAGCUAAGCACUUUGUAUUGGUCUAUCACAUAAAAUCGCAAUAAGAUGCACCGAGGUUUGUGGUUGUAAUGUUACCAAAUGUGGAGAAGUUCAAGGGAUAUGAAUACUUUUGCGGUAGUAGAUUGCUGCGCUGUUUAGUAUUCUUUAUUUAUUUUUUUGUUCAAUGUACGCCACAAACAUUAAUACCAGUCAAUGAAGUAUACGCCAUAAUUAGAGCUGGUGUUCAUGUUUUGCUACAUUCCCGGUGUCACUUAGAAACCAGAAAUGGGAAUCUGAUGCAAUGUUACCUCAUUUUUUUCACUGUUUGGCUUAAGCUCAGGAUUAUGAGUUAGAAGAAUUAUGAGUCAACAAAGAGAAGCAACUGCCAUAGUUUAUUUUUUGUUUACAUUUCUUUUAUUUUGAACCGUUA